AUGCUUAUUGCAGCCGGUGAUGCGAAGGAGAAGGAGAGUACGCGUGUGUCGGCAUUCUUCUGCCUUGGAGAGUUAAUGGGCACGCAUGGUUCCCAGGUCAUGUCAUUCAUGACAGAAAUCACAAAUUCGGCUAUGAGGACCUAUAGGGCUACAUCUUCCGCUCCUAUACUUCGAUAUCAUGCCAUCUCGGCUCUCUCGAAAGCCAUAUCGAACGCCGGAAAAGCUAUUAGUGACCAAGCGGUAAAGGACCUACACAAGAAUAUGAGGGCAGCUCUGCUGGAUAAGGCCCUAUCGGUCCAGAGGGCUGCCGCCGCUACUCUAAUAGCGCUCUAUCCCAACAGUCUCCAUAAACCCAUCUCGUCUUCUGCAUCUCCUUCCAUCCUUUCUGCCGCGGAAAUUGAGACGAUCCUCGCACAAGUUGUCAAAGCGUUCGACGGUGCCGACAUUGACACCUCAACACGACUCGCCCUAGCACGGCUUAUCGGUCAUAUGCUCGCCACUACUCAGGUUCCCCGUGCUGUUGCGGCUUCUACCUCCAAAGCUACUAAUUCGACAUCGCAGCAGGACGAUUCUGCUUCGCUGGGCGCGAAAUCCCAACCGGAAAUAGCCUCAAAGCCACUUAUGCCGCCAGCCGAAAUGUUUAUGAUGCUCUCUACAUGGAUGAACAAGCAAAGUGGCACACGACGCCAGCGGGUUGGCCUUCUUCAGGCUUACGCUGCACUUCUGAACAUCCUCGGGGCGUCUUGGGUUGAAAACCACUACGCGCUUGUCAUCGGCCAUCUUUCAAAGGAUUUGAUUGUAACGCCCAAAGUUACGGCUAGUUCGAAGGCGGAGCGCGUUUGGACCCGAAGAGCCGUAGGCAUAAUCCUGCGGGAUGUGGUGCGGGAGCGGAUGCUGAGCGAACAAGGACUUAUCAGUGCGGUGAUGGAGGUCGUAAAUGGGUUCCUUCGCCCAUACCUUUCUGCGGUCCUGUUCUCUGGUGGGAGUAGGCCUCAAUCACCCAGCGCGGAGCCUCCAUCCACUGACACAAUGAUUAUCGUCCUUCAUGAACUUUGUGGUCUCCUUCAACAACUCGGAAAUACCCCACCAGUGAUCCAUGAACUCUUGGGAGGUGGUGAAGUGUUGGUUGCAGUGGCCUGUUCUGCUCCCGGGGGUGGCGUGAGAGGCGCCGCGGUGAGCGCCCUUUGUGCUUUCGUUCGCGCAUGUCCUGGCGGUCUGGGGCCAAUUAUGGAAAGCAUAUACGAAGGCGUUAAACGGGACAUCACAACCCUCAACACAAUCGCAUCUCAAAUCGGGAAUUCAAGCACAUCAUCAAGUAAUCUCCCGUCACUGCCUGAAGUCAAGGCACGCGCUCUAGGACACGCAUACUGUAUUCACGGGAUUUACACGCUACUUGCGACACCCAAUGAAGACGUCGACGCCUCGAAUAGACGGACGGAGAGCGCAAGCUCAACCUCCCCCGCAAAUCUCGCAGUUACGUCUCUUCACCUCCAUGUGCCCCCUAUAUCACCAAUGGUCCUUCAUACCGCUACUUCGCUUCUCAAAUCCACGUUUGAUCUACCACUUCCUGUGGCUCGGAUAACGUCGGAAAUCGGAUGGACUCUCCUGAGCGGUCUCAUGGCUCUUGGUCCACAUUUUGUGCGAUCCAAUCUGAGCGCCUUAAUGGUCCUAUGGCGUAAUGCACUGCCGAAGCCAACUGUUCGCGACAAUAGCAGCGUCGUCGGCAAGGAAGAGUGGGGCUUCCUUCUAGGCGUUCGUGGGUGGGCAGUUGGUGCCAUGUGUUCUUUUCUUAAAUGGAACAAUCUCCCAAUAUCUGGAGAUCCAGGGGCUUCUGGAGAUCGGAGCAUGUCCAAGGUCCUCGUCACCCUCGAUAUAUCCCGACGCUUGGGCGUAUUGCUCUCUAAUGCGCUUGGCUUCGCCAAUCUUUUCAUAACAGCGCAAAAAGAGGAGAUUUUAGAUCCAACGUCACCAACAGCACCUUCUCUAAACUCUGCAGCCCAGGUUGAUGAAGAUGGUCAUGACCUCCACGCAUACGAAGCCCUGCUUCGAUCGCACAUCCACGUCGCCUUCACCUUGCUAGGCUUCGCAACGACCACAGAAUCUAUACAACGAGAGCUGAUUACAUCUUCCAUCAGUCUUUUUGCUGCUCACGCAAACUACAGCGGCAGCGGCCUUCAGGUUGCUAUCGCCGCCAAGGAGGGCUCAUUCAAGGGUGUGUGGAGAUCAGAAGAUGGGUACGCAUAUGGCGUAACAAGCCUCGAUCUGGCCGAAGAAGCAUUAAACGAGACGGGUACGCAGACCGGAGGUACGGCAGGCAAUGGGUUGCCCCAAGCGUCAACUGGACUGCAAUACGAUAUCGCAGAGCGAGAGCUCGACAAACUGCUGACUUUGCCCGUACUGGGCUCUCCAGAAAACGAUCCGUUGGCCCUCUCAUCUACAUCCACUGAGCCACAAGUGCUCUUUACCCCUGUCCCGCCAGUCACUGCAGUCGUAGACAGUGCUAUCAAUCUUUACGCCGCCUUGCUAUGCAUCCAAGACUCGAAUGGAUCUCUUAAAGCCAUUGGCGGCCUGAUAGAUGCAGCUAAAGGUUCUGGUGAACGGGCUACUGCUAUUAAUAUGGGAAGGAAAAUGGCAAUGACCAUUAACGCGGUCUCUGCAAUCGUGCUGUCAUUGCGACACGUAAUGGGACGAUCUGGUGGGAGGGCGGCAAAGGAAGUCUUUGGAGGCGCCCAGGUCGCGAACAUGCUCAGCAACUUCCUAAAAGACGCCAUUCUUGACCCUGAUGAGACACUUCGCGGCCUCGCGAGCGAAGCAUUGGGUCGUCUGACGAGUCUCAGUAGUAGCACCUUCCUCGGGAACCAAAUCAAUAACCUGGUGCAAGAGGUGGUCAAUAAUCGUGAUCCCCUUUCUCGAGCCGGGUGUACUUCUGCAUUCGGGGCCAUCUACAUCUACGCUGGCGGUCUAGCGGCUCAAGCUUACUUGAAGACCGUGCUCAACGUCCUCAUUUCCCUCAGCAAUGAUCCUCAUCCCGUGGUACACUACUGGUCCCUUCAAGCCCUGGGACAAGUCAUCGCUGCUUCCAGCUUAUCGUACGGACCAUACAUCUCGAACACCAUCGCUUUGGUCUUUAAAGUCUAUAGUAUGGAAUCCCACGAGCCAGAGGGAGGCUCCCUAUCUCAGGCGAAUCUCAGUGCGGAUCUUCCAACCUACCAAGCACUUUGCCGCAUACUCGACGGAGUGAUAUCCGCCAUUGGCCCAGAGCUUCAAGAAUCUUCCAAAUACCGCAGACGAAUAAGCGAUCUUGUCUUCGCAUUCCUGGAGUACGAGGACGAAGGCGUUGGCGUUGAGGCAAUUCAGUGCCUCCGGCAAAUGCUUAUGUUUGCGCCAUCGAAAAUGGACAUGGUCGACCUGGUCACUCGCUUCAAGACCUAUCUUGCCUCGCCUAGACGGCCUCUCAAGGUCGCGUCCAUCAACGCGCUCUACCAACUGGUACAGCGUGAUGCAUUCCUUCUCUCCAAAGUGGGCGGGGAUAAGCUCGUGGAAGUUCUGUUUGGCAUGCUUGAUGAAGAAGACUCAUUAAGCAUCGAAGGAGUCAAGAGCAUCAUUAUCAGCUGGCUCACUCAAACUGUCACCGCUGCUCCGUCGGCAUGGAUUGAACUCUGUCAACGUAUUAUGGCGAGGACGACGGCAGCUGCCCAACAAGCGGUCCCACCAACCACUGGCCCCAAAGCUGGAGCAUUUCAAGACGAGGAAUCAGAGUCUCUGGGCGCUUCGGGUGCACAGAACGAGGGAGGUUCUGGACACUCGACCGCUCGUUGGAGAACGCAGCUAUUCGCAAUGGACUGCCUCCAUCGCAUCUGUCUCGUGGUCGCUGCUUCUGGUCGUCAGGAGCAUUUGGACCUACGGUUUGCCAAGCAACAUUCCAUUGCUGUCAAGGGACUCCUUGUCAGUCGGAUUCCAGAUCUAGUGAAGAUGGCCUUCAGCGCAAGCGCUGCCUAUGUCACUGAGAUUCGCCUCGCGGGGCUUCUUGUCCUUCGCGAUGUCAUCCAGAUAUUCGCCACUUCUCCAGAUCCCGAUUACGACGGUUCUUUGCUCCUGGAGCAAUACCAAGCUCCUAUCACCGCAGCACUUACUCCCGCCUUCUCAUCGGACUCUACGCCGGAGAUCCUCUCCUCGGCUGUUCAAGUGUGCGCCAUCUUCGUGGGUUGCGGGGUCAUCAAGGAUGUCAACAAGAUGGGAAGAAUUCUGAAACUGCUAACCGGUGCACUAGAGCAAUCGAAAUGUACUUCCAACUCGUUUACUAUUGGAGAUGUGAAACAAAUUUCUCCAAAUGCUGCAGUGACUCUCAAAAUUUCUACUUUGACGGCAUGGGCAGAGUUGUACAUCGCUAGUCCUCAGCAGGAGUACCUCAAAGCGGUCAUUGAGCCAUACAGGGAGACUCUAUCUUCGUUGUGGAUUGGCAUCUUGCGUGACUAUGCUAGCAUUCGUGGCGAUUCUGAAGUGCUCCAAGAUCCUACCUCGAGCUCGAUGGAUGGUUUAUAUCUCAACGUCGGCAAGGAGAUCCUUCUUCCGUACUAUGAUGAUGCUUGGUAUCGCAUUCUCAAAGCGAUUGCUAUCAUGAUGCAAUCGCGAGAUCCGUUCAUCCUUCGAGCGAUGGACGGAAAGGAAGGUCCCGGCGAGCCAGCGCCAGAGGGUCCGACCGCGUUGUUCUUUGUCGUAUUUGGCCUCGUAUUCGAAGCACUUGUUCAAUCCUCGACAAAUGCCGCCUCGUCUGCAUCUGGAAGGCUUGUGACUAUUGCCGCACUCGAAGCAAUGGAGAGUUUGGUACGACCAGAGUAUGCUGGUAGCGCGAUACUCGACAAUACCAUCUUUGAGGAGUUUAGCAACUUGUGCUACAGAAUGGCCAUGAUGGAGACGGCCGAGGUGCACAUCCCGUUGGUCAAAACCGUGGCAAGUCUGGCUAGCACACAGUUCAAGAAGACUUCUAUUGGGAACGGCACCUCGUCCGGCAUGUCUUCGACGGUUCAACUCACACAUUGCCUUCGAAUCUGCUCAUAUGUUCUUCGACGAGCACUCCCCUCGUCAGGAACGCCUUCGAGUACUGCCAAUUCUGAAACCAAAAUUACCUUGCUCAAGACGUCGUUUGCGGCACUGGGUCAGAUUGGCACCGCAUUUGGUUCUGAUACUAAAGAAGAUAUCCGAGGCAUCUCCAUUGCUCUGUACUCUGAACUUUUGAAGGACGAAAUCUCUGAACAGGAUCUUGUCGGGCCUUCUUUACCAGCCCUCAAGCUGAUGCUAGAAUCGCCUCCGCAUACUGCGAACCGACUUGAAACGUACUCGCGUCUGAUACAUGGGCUUCUGUCGUGUUGUUUACAGAACAUUGACGAAACCAGUAACCGCUCUGGACCCAUUGUGACGCUAAAGACGAAGAACAAUCUCAUGGCGUCUGUGCUCAUUCUCACGACACUUCCUCCAACUCUCAAGAUCAGUCGGGCGCUGAUCGAUCAAUACUGCUACUUGGUGUCCCAAAGGAUGAGCGAUGGCUCGGACUGCACUUUGACGGCAGCACAAUGUGCGAAGACGCUCAUCACGGCGUCGCUCGCCCCGACAACAAACCCAGUUCUCAAACACUGUGCUGGGCUAUUGAUUCCGUCAUUGAUCGGCGUUGUCUCUAAUGCAGCAACAUGCGUCGAUAGCCAAGAGAAACUCGCGGCAGUCACCCCGGCUCUGGACGAAGCGCUCAAGACAUUUACCCUAUUUUUCAAUGGUGUCCCAGAGGCCUCCCGACAAGCGGCUUUGGGUGUCAUUCUACCCACUUUAGCACUCUUGCUGGACCCAUCGCGCACACCUCCGUCGCCGUUGCAUGCCCAAGCGAUUCCCUUGGUAUUAAACUUUGCGAGCUCGGCUCCCGGGCCGUUCAAGGAAGUCACGGAUGGACUUGACACUGGAGCACGAGAGGUCCUAGAGGCGUCCGUUCGACAAGUCGUCGCAGGACGGCAGCAAGCCUCUACGGCGCAAGUAGCUGCAAAGCCUCAGAUAUCAUUGAAGGCGUUUUAA